AUGGCGUCUCCUUCGAAGCAUGUGCCUUACGAAUUUUCUCUUAAGGAAGCAAAAAGAAAGUGCUCUGAAACAAAUUCUUGCUUUGUGAAGGAACAAACAACAGAACAUAUUGUACUACAUCCACGAUACCUCGGUUGUGUGAGGAAAGGAGUUCAGGAACAUUUAAAAAGUAAGCUGAUGAGGCAUUCGGACAUUCUGAACGGUGUGCCUGUAAAUUAUGAAGCUUUUAAAAUUGAGCAAAGAACUGGCUCCAUUCUGGAAGAAUCACCCUAUAUUCAUUUUGACGUAAAAGUAAAUAUCAUCUUGUUUAAGCCGACGAUCGGAAGUACGCUUGUGGGAACCGUAAACAAACUUGGCGUUGAUUACGUUGGAUGUUUGGUUCACAAUUGUUUUAACGCUUCGAUCGCGAAAUCAAACUUUAAAAAUGGAUUACUUUUUGAUAGCCUGGACAUUGGAUCUGAAUUUUUAUUUAAAGUUAUUGGAACAGAAGCCGUGAAUGGCGUUUUAGCGAUAAUAGGUGAAGUGAAGGAACAAAAAGUCAACAAAAGGUGAAUAUUUCAUACUGUAGCUGAAUGUAAGCUCACAUGUGUAAGCAUACUGUGUAAAAGAGACCACAUUUUUUCUUUUAAAAUCUGGUGGGGAAAAUGGUAAUAAUAUUACACCUCAUUAAAACUGGGCCUCAAAAGCUUCAAUCUGUUCUGUUUUAAAUGGUUGAACAAUCUAAAACCAAGACAAGGAUUCUGGAAGCAUAUGGAUUGCUAUCAGUGCUGAGUGUUGACAACUAGUUGCAGCUUGUUGAUAGUUGUCUGAUAGCCAGUCAUAUUUUUUCAUUGUGAGCUACCAGUGCAGAAUUCAUACUUGCUAGCUUUUUCUUUAUCCCUCUCCUUGUGUCUUUGGCUGAGGCUGAGGAUUAAAGCUGCAUCCAGUAAUUAUUCUUUACUAGUUUCAGUUGACUUGGACAAAUAUUAGUCUCUAGCCUUUAAACAUGGUUUCUCUACUAACACCUCUGAGGCUGUUAAAAUCAUGCAGCUAUUGUAUUUCUUUUCAAGUUAAUAUUAAGUAUGAUCACAAACAAGUAGCUUAAAUUUUGUGCUUGCAUAAGCUUGAUAUAAAUGGAAUUGUGUAUUGCAAGAUCCAUCAUCAAUAUUUUCCAUUGUCAUGAUUGUGUAACCUUCCUCUCUUGGUUACAGGAAAAGGAAACACAAAGAUAUAGAAAGAUAUGAACAACGGUCUAGUGAUGAAACUGAUCAGCCUGAAAGAGUGACUGAACUAUCCCCUGAGAGACUGAAUCAGAAUGGUUUAAACAUAACGGAUGGAAAUCCAAAAGUCAAGAAAAAGAAGAAUAAAGUCAAACAUUCAAGAGGAAAGGAGGGGGCCAAAACUUUUUAA